GGCUGUGUGCGUUUGGAGAGAGGAGAGAGGGAGUGUUAUUAGAGUGUCAGAAACAGGAGGGACAGUUGUUUGACAAGGUGCUGCUUACUUUUGUUUCUGUGAAAUGUUUCGAACCCAGCGUGGAUUUACAGCACAGGUUGAUGCUUGCAUUCCUGAAGAAAAAGAUGAGCUGAGUUUUUGUUACUUACCACAGAGGUAUGUGUAGGCCACAUGGAGGUAGAGAGUCAUGGUGACAUUGAUAGUCUACCCAGCCCCUGCGGGGCUGUUGUCAGCUGCUGGAGACCUGAGGAUGCCGUUCCCAGACUUGGUCAAGUACUGCCUCCUGGGCAUCUCCAUCACUCUUCUUCUGCUGGCACUGGGCAUAUUGGCAUGGCAGGCCUUCAGAUGCUGCACACAGACACGCACCACAUACACCCAGCAAGAUACUGCCAACAGUGAUCUGCUGUACUCAAACGAAAAGUCAAGAACAGCAGGAAACUACUCAGGAGCUCCAAGUACUAAGGUGGAGGAGGUCAGCACAGAAGCCCACAGGCUGAGUCGCUGUCUGUCUCAGGCCUCGUUUCCCUGCCCAGGAUCCAGCCAGGCAGAUGGACACAUGAAGGAGCAGGCCAUCAUUAAAAAGGUCGAUGGAUCGCUCCGUUUCUCCAUCUAUUAUGACCAGCUUCAGUCCCAGCUGGUUGUCACCGUGUUGCAGGUGGAGGGGCUACUGGAGCAUAGCCAGCAGCACAGUCUCCAGCCAUUUGUUAAGCUAAGUCUCAUGUGGGCAGGUUCAGAGGGAGUGGAAGUUGACGGCUAUAUGGAUGAGGAGGUCAAAGGGACAGCACCUGUCUUGUGGACAGUGCUGCAGGAGUGGCGGACUCGCAUUGUGAAAGGCAGCUGUAACCCUUUAUUUGGAGACCAGUUCACCUGUAGUCUGCAAGAGCAUAAGGACCUUCAUCGUAUCAAGCUCAGGAUGGAGGUGAGGGACUUUGAUAAAUUCUCUAGACACACAGUGUUAGGAGAGGUGAGGGUUUCUCUAGCGAAGCUUAACAUCUCCUACCCACUGGAGCUCCAAGAAGAUCUGCAGAUACCCCAGAAGGAUCUCGUAGGAGAAGUGCUUCUGUCUCUAAAGUUUCUGCCCACUUCUCAGAGGCUUGAAGUUGGACUGUUAAAAGUCAGAACGGUCCUCACUGAGAUGAGCUCAGAUGCAGCCCUCUACGCCAGGAUCAGUGUGCAGUGCAACCAGUGCAAGUUGAGGUACCAAAAAACCUCUACAGUGGCGCGCUGCCUGGUGACUGUCUUCAAUGAGGUCCAUAUUUUCUCCCUGCCAGACUUUCCUCUGCAACAGUGUCAAAUUUUGGUUUCUGUGUAUGAGACACAUACGACUAGAAAAUCAACCAAACAUCUGAUUGGUCAGCUGACUGUGAGGAAAGACAAGAGUUCAGAAGACAAGCACUGGAGCUUGAUGAUGCGCUCAGUCCGCCAGCCAGUAGCAAAGUGGCAUGGCCUGCUGAUCUAACUGACAUCUCAUAAAUCCUCUCCUGCACUUCCCGGAUGUCCAUACCUGCUUGUAUUGAACUGAAAGCUGUGGUGCUUGGAGAGGGGAACUGAAGAGGACCAAACAUGGACUACUCUCACUCCUGCCUCCUCGGUGGUAAAAAGACCUUUCCCCUCCAGUCUGGACAGUGGAGGGAGUGCCCAGCUGAAACAUUAGGUUGCUCAGUCUACUUGUUCACAGACACCUUUUUUGUCUCUCUCUUUACAUACAAACUGCUUUACAUCGAGAGACCUCUAAAGAUCUGACAUUUGCAUCUUCCUAUUUCUGAUGGUUACUUUCGUUUUGCAAUCAGUCAAUAACUGUGUUGUUGGUGUCUAUAUUUAUAUAUUGACACCAACCUGUUCUUUUGUGUAUAAAACUGUCCAUUUUUCAUUAUUAAAUAUUUACAUUGCAAACUUGCA